UGUUUCCCAUUUAAACAAACACCGUCCUGCCGAAGAUGGCGGAGAGUUUGUAGAGGCGUUAAAAAGAAACUGCUCUGCUCUAUGAAAGCGUCGACGCCGGAGAUGUUAAGACAUUGAAGAGACACUAGACCCUGAAUGGAGCUUGACUGGGGCUUGUACUGGCCGAGGUGCUGAUAUGUGAUGAAGAUGAGUAGUGUAGGAGACAACUCGUUGGAGCCGCUGUGCUCUGACCGCAAACGUAAACUGUCCACCUGUGACACACCAGGUUUAGGGUGUGACAAGCGUCGAAGGGAACAGGAGAGCAAGUACAUCGAGGAGCUGGCUGAGCUCAUCUCUGCCAACCUCUCCAACAUCGACAGCUUCAACGUCAAGCCUGACAAAUGUGCCAUCCUGAAGGAGACCGUGAGGCAGAUCAGACAAAUCAAAGAGCAAGGAAAAAGUUCUUGCAGUGAUGACGAUGUCCAGAAGGCAGAUGUGUCAUCCACUGGUCAAGGGGUCAUUGACAAGGACCAUCUGGGGCCACUACUCCUACAGGCUUUGGAUGGCUUUCUAUUUGUGGUGAACCGAGAGGGCAACAUAAUAUUUGUGUCAGACAAUGUGACCCAGUAUCUGCAGUACAAGCAGGAGGAGCUGAUCAACACCAGUGUUUAUAACAUCAUCCACGAUGAGGACCGGGAGGAGUUUCACAAGAAUCUUCCCAAGUCCAACGCACCAAACGGAGCAUCAUGGGGUGGAGAGGUAGCCCGGCAGAAGAGUCACACCUUUAACUGUCGUAUGCUGGUGAACUUUGUUCAUGGUCAGAGUCAUGGGUUGUCAGAUGAGAGACCUGGAGGCCAACGCUAUGAGACCAUGCAGUGUUUUGCCCUCACUCAGCCCCGGGCUAUGAUGGAGGAAGGAGAAGAUUUGCAGUCUUGUAUGAUUUGUGUGGCACGACGCAUCACAGCAGUAGAGAGAACAGAAAGGUUUAGCACUCGUCAUGAACUGUCUGGUAAGCUGAUUGAAAUCGAACACCAGAGCUCUCUUCACACCACUAUGCGCCCAGGUUGGGAGGACCUGGUGAGACGUUGCAUGCAGAUGUUCCUCCAACACAGCGAGGGCCAACCGUGGUCCUACAAACGUCACUAUCAAGAAGCUUUCCAUAAUGGCCACGCAGAGACCCCACUCUACCGCUUCUCACUCUCUGAUGGCACCCCAGUCACAGCCCAGACUAGGAGUGACCUCUGCAGGAAUCCCAACACCAAUGAGCCCCACUCUUUCUUGUCCACACACCUGCUACAAAGAGAGCAAAAUGGUUAUCGUGGAAAUCAAGGCGGAGGCAUGAGGCCUCAAAGCAUGGGUGUGAACAACACCAACCAACAGAUGAACAUGGGCCCAGGAGGAGGCAUGGGCAUGAACAGGGGCUAUGGCAUGGCCGACCAGGGCAACAUGCCACACAGAGGAAUGCCUCCAUAUGCUGGGGGCAACCGCAUAAAUCCUAUGAAUCAGAUAAAUCCCAUGCAUCAGGUGAACAACGUGGGUCAAAUGAAUUCCAUGCAUCCAAUGAACUCGAUGAACCAAAUGGGGCCCAUGAAUCAAAUGGGCCACCAUGGCAUGCACCAGCAGCAGCAGCAGCACCAGCAGCAGCAGCACCAGCAGCAGCAGCACCAGCAGCAGCAGCAGCAGCAGCAGCACCAACAUCAGCACCAACAUCAACAGAUGAGUCAGUUCCAUGGAGGAGGAGGUGGACCUGGAGGCGGAGGGUACGGCAUGGGAAUGACCAGCCCCCCUCAGGCCAGUCCAGGGAUUAACGGCCCCCCGCACAAUGUCAUGGGCUCGCCCAGAGUCCGAGGAAGCCCCAAGAUGGCCGCUAGCCCCUUCUCUCCUGGUGGUAUGAACUCUCCCAUGAGCUCCAGUCACCCUGGUAACUCUGGAGGGGGAGGGGUAGGCACCACCUUCUCCAGCAGCUCCUUGAAUGCCCUCCAAGCCAUUAGUGAGGGAGUGGGCAAUCCGAUGCCCUCCCCACUCACCUCUCCUCCCCCUCAAAAACCUGACAGCUCCCCAAGCAUCAACUCCACCAACCAGUCAGCAGGUGGACCAUGUAAACCUGGCCUCCCAGCCUACUCUGACUCUAAGAGCCCAGGCAGCUCACUGGGGGCUGGAGUAGAGCAGCAGUCGCAGCAGCAUCCACACACCCCCACCAGCGAGGGCCCUCCUGACAAGCCAGACAGCCAGGUCAGCCGAGAGAUGGGUCCGGCCGGGGGAGAGACCAGUCGACGGGUCCCUGACAGCAGAUGUCACAAGAAACUUCUGCAGCUCCUCACUUCCCCAACAGAUGAGUUGGUGCCACCUAAUCACUCAUCAGGCUCUGGACCCACCUCCUCGCCUGAGACCAAAGAUGGAACAGCAGGCGUCACCAGCCCCUCCUCAUCAGGAGUGUCCUCCUCUACAGGCGGAAAUCAUGGCGCCGUGUCCUCCUCUGGUGGCACAGGACAUUUAUCAAGUCAGUCGCUGCAGGAAAAGCACAAGAUCCUCCACAAGCUCCUCCAGAAUGGGAACACUCCUGAUGAUGUGGCUCGCAUCACAGCCGAGGCCACCGGGAAGAGCAGCUUGGAUUCAGAGCCUGGGCCUGCUGCCCCUGGAGGAGUUAGGGGGUCAGAACCAAAACAGGAGCAGCACAGCCCUAAAAAGGAGAAGCCUCACGCACUCCUUCACUACCUCCUCAAUAAAGACGACUCAAAAGAAAGUGGAGAUAUCAAGCCAAAGCUGGAGGAGCUGGAGGCGAGAGGACCUCAGGGGGCAGGGGUCACCAGCUCUGAUCCCCACUGCAUGGAGGGAAAGGUCAAAUUGGAGCCAACUGAUGAGGCGGAAACUCUGGAGACCAUCCUCGGUGUCCCAAGGAACAACUCUGGCUUCUAUCCUGAACCAGACUCCAGAGUAGGGAAGGAAGUGGGAAACAAACAAGGAAAUAUUCCUGACAGUUUACAUGAUGGGGAGAAAGGCCCCAUACCUCCAGGUCAGCGUGGUGUCUAUCAAAGAGCUUUGUCGAUGGAUGCCAAGCCCAUGGGUGCAGAGGGAGCAGUAGGAGGCGGGCUAGCUAUGAGAAGGAACGUCCCCUGUCCCACAUUGGUCAAACAGGAGAAUGUGGAUGCUCCAAUCCGACCUGGGGGUGUUCCCAAUGGCUUUCCUGGAGGCAUGGGUGUGUGUCCACCACGGGGAAAUCUAAGAGCAAUGGGCAGAGGUAUGGGAAUGCCCCAACGCCCUCCCAUGGCAGGGCCAGGGGAGUGGGGGAUGCAAAGGUCUAGCGUCAGCCCUGCAAUCGGACCAGGACAUCCGGGCAUGGGUCGCUCUGGACCAAUGGGAGGACCCAUGAUCAACCGCUCCAACAGUGUACCUGGUAACACCAGGUCCAUGCUGCAGCAGCAGCUCAUGGAUAUGGGUACCAAUGAAGCCAAUAUGAGCAUGAGCCCAUUUCGUGGACAUGGUCCUCCACCUCGGUCCCCCUCCUGGCCAGACUCUGCUAUGGUAAUGGACCGACCACAGAGUAAAACAAACAGGGACCAGUUUGCGCACCCCCUGGAGGAGUUGCUGGGGCCCCUGACCAACAGCGAAGGCCCAAGUGAUGAGCGAACACUUCUGGACCAGCUAGACUCUCUACUCAACACGGCCGAUGUCAGUGCUCUGCAGGAAAUAGACCGAGCCCUUGGCAUCCCUGAAAUAGUUGGCCAGAACCAGGGACCUGAAGGUCACCCGCAGGAUCCAGGUCGGGGUCCAGUUCGGGUUCGGGGUCAGUGCCCACCAUCAGAGCCUUUCCCAGUGCCGGAGUCUUCCAUAGGCAUGGACAAAAAACCCAUGUAUGGGCAGGGCUACCCUGGCACCCCAGGCACCCCCUCCGUGGGCAUGCAAGCUGGUUACAGCGGCAACACAAUGCAAGGCCAGUCUCCUGCAGGCUUCAACCCUAUGAUGAAUCAGAUGGGCCAAACAGGGAGCUUCCCAGGCAUGGGGGGUAUGGGCAACCCCCGUGCAAACAUGAUGAGACCUCGCAUGAUGGCCACCAAGCCUCUCCGACUCCAGCUACAGCAGAGGCUGCAAGGGCAGCAGUUUAUGAACCAGACCCGACAAGGCAUGAAGAUGGAAAAUGCACCCGGAGGAAAUCCUGCCAUGCGUCCUGGCAUGCAACCUGCCAUGCGUCCUGGCAUGCAACCUGCCAUGCAGCCUGCCAUGCAGCCUGCCAUGCAACCAGGCAUGCAGCCUGGCAUGCAACCCGUUAUGCAGCCUGCCAUGCAACCCGGCAUGCAACCCGGCAUGCAGCCCGGCAUGCAACCUGCCAUGCAACCUGGCAUGCAGCCUGGCAUGCAGGCUGCAGGCAUGGGUGGUCAGCCUGGUUUCCUAAACGCUCAGAUGAUGGCUCAGCGCAGCAGAGAGAUGAUGACCAUGCAGAUGAGGAGGCAGAGGAUGAUGAUGCUGAUGCAGCAACAGCAAAAACAACAACAGCAACAGCAGCAGCAGCAGGGAGCAGCAGCAGGCUUCAGCCCUCCUCCGAAUGUCACCGCACCAGGAGGCAUGGACAACCCCAUGGGAGGACCCCCCUUAAACCAACCUGGACAGCAUGGCUUCAACUAUGGAAGCAACUAUGGGAUGAACCAGCAGGGGGAUCCAUCUUUUAUGCCUCCAGGCAGCAGCCCACCAGGAAACUUGAUGCAAGGACGAAUGGGGGGCCCUCCUCAGAACACCAUGACGCCAGGGAUGCAGGGAAACCCACAGGGAGGACCCAUGUACCCAUCUGGCGACAUGAAGGGCUGGCCACAGGGCGGCAUGCCUCGCAACAACUCCUACUCGCAGCAACAAUUCCCCCAGCAAGGCAACCAGGGCCAGUUUGGACCCAUGAUGAUGAACAACUCAAUGGCUGGACCUGGGCAGGUCAGCGGGGCUGUUGCAGGACAGAUAGGACAGAUGCCGGGCCAAAUGCCGGGCCAGAUGCAGGGCCAGAUGCAGGGCCAGAUGUGUGUGGAGAGGCUCAUGUGA